UACCUUGAACAACUACAGUUAAUUGGUGUUUUGUGUGUUAAUAAGAGUGUUAGUGAUGGGUGGUAUCCUGCAUGCCUGGAGGGAGAACUGCCAGUGAUCUCUAAUGACCAUCGUUACCAACAACUUGUAUGGACCAAAUUUUAGACGUCCACGCUGCAGGAAUCUUGCUAGAACACAACUGGCUGUCAAACCACUGCAUAGUACACUAAGCGUUAUGAAACAGUUGCACUGGUUGUCUUGGAUCAGAGAGUACGAUAUUGUGCUCUCCCUGCUUGUGAUGAUGCCUCUGAUCUACCCCUGAGGAACCUGCAUUGUAGCCAGUACUGUACUGGAUGAUCACACACACACACACAAAACACAGGUCAUCUACCAUGACCUUUCAUUAGCUCUUAUGAUUCAUUUUUCAUAAAUUCAUCCUUUUUUUUAUUCAUCCUUUAUCUGCCUGCAGGGAUAAAGGUCCUCUCAUCCUUUUCAAGUUAGACAUGUUGUCAUUUUUGCUUGUUACUGUCAUCUAGAUUAAUAAGGCUGUAGUUUGUCCCAAAGCUAAGGUUAACAUUAUAAUUUGUAUCUAUAACUUCAUAAAAAAAAAAAUAUUUCUAUAAGAACAUUACGUAUCAGUCAAUUUCAAGCUCAUUUCAAACCCCUGCUAUAAUUCUUCGGUCAGUAUCACAAAACAAAGUACAAUACAGUACUAGAAAUACUGUCUCUCAUCCAAGUACUUCAAGAGUACAGUCAAGAGGUGGCUGGAAGAUCUGCACACCAUUAAACAACAGUCAAGAUGGGGAUGCAAAUGAAUUUCAACGGAUUGGAAUUUCCAUCAUAUUUUGAAGAUUUGAGAGAAAUAGUGACCACUGUGGAGACUCGUCUACGACCCAUUCCAGAAAUAAGGAUGCAUAUCUCACGCUUUAUGGAUGGUGCGGAUAUGGAUGAGGUCUACCCUCACUUGUAUCUAGGAGACUGUGACGCGGCUAUGAACGAGCAGUACCUUCUCCGCCAUGGCAUUACACACGUAGUUAAUGCUGCUGACAAUUCUAGUGGACCUGCCCCUGUUAAGACUGGCCCCAACUAUUACAAGGAUCCAUCAAUCACAUAUUUAGGACUGGACCUCAUUGACCUUCCAUUUAUUAACAUUUCCACACACUUUGAGAAGGCUACAGACUUUAUCGACAGUGCCCUGAGAUCUGGAGGGACAGUCUUGGUCCAUUGCAGGCAGGGACGAUCUCGAUCAGCAACAAUUGUUGCAGCAUUCCUGAUGAUGUGCCGCAACAUGACAGCUGCUACUGCAUUAACACUGCUCAGAGAAAAUCGAGAGAUUCGGCCAAACAAUGGAUUCCUUCAACAACUGGCUCAGUUGGAUUUAAAUCUCUUCAGGAUAAGAUUGGAGAAACUGAGAAACGAGUCAUCAUCAGAAUCCGAGUCCGAGUCGGAUGAAGAAUCACAGAUUGACUGUGACGACGAUGACAGUGACAGGUAGAAGAGAUGAAACAUGAAGUAAGAGGCAGAAAUGAUGCAUUACAUUAUGGAUAAGGUUAUGCAGGUACUGUACAAUGAGGAAUAUAUAUACAGUAUUAUUUUCAUGGCCACUUAGUGUACAAUAUUAAUAUAUAUUUAUCAGUCAUAAAAGUUUUGGUGUUUCAGGCAUCAAUCAGUAUUCAUCAUCAGAAUUUGGGGAACUUCAUGGAGUGGUAACCUGCCAUGAUACUUACAAGUUAACAAGCUUAUAUUUGUAAUUAUAAUUGAUGUAAAAAGUUAGUUGUUACAAAGUUAUAUGUAAAUCCUACUUAAGCUAUAAGUAAUCUCUCUGUUAACUGGAAUAUUCAAUUCCCAGAACUCUCACUUACCCGGAAAAAAGAGCAUUCUGAGAAAUUCCAGAAAAAAUCUUUCCAUCCCUGGCAUUCGAACAAAUUUCCGAGAGAUUGCAUCAUGCACCGACACUUGAUAUGUUUAAAGCAUUUGCCUCAAGCUUGUAUUGUAGCCUACAUACCCAGUUGUAUUAUUGUUAAGAACAAAUGUUAACUUUUUUUAUGGGACAGUUUGAAGGGUUUGGCAGGUUGCUGAGUUAUCUCCUUUGAUCUUAUAUCCUUAGGAAUGUUUUUAUGCCAAAUUUUAUUACAUUAUUUCUGUAUUUAGUCUUGAAUUGCUUUUUUUGCAUACAAUCUUCCAGAAUAAUAAUUCCCAGUAAAUAAGGUUGUUUUAAACCAUUCAGGUAAAGCAAUAUUAAGGGAUGAAAUGUAAACAAUUUAAACAUGAAGUUAUUGCCACACUACAGUAUGUGUACUACAUUACACCAAUUAGUUCACUAAACAUCAAUUACAGUACAGUAUAGCACUGUACAGUCUACCAGUGACACUAGUUUUUCUUACUAUUUAACUUGAUCCAGUCAUUGACUGCUAUCUGUGGUCAGGGAAGGGGCUUCUGGUCCACUGCUAGUGUAUAGUGCCAUAUUCCUCACUGAUAAGAGGUUUCUUUUAAAAAAAUUUAACUACAGUACAGUGUUUAAUGAUAGAAAUCUCUAUUAUAUAAGUACAGUACUGUAUAUGUUAAUAGAUUGUGUGAUUUCUACUUUAUUCAAGUGAGGAGUGAGAGAGUUUUCUCAUAGCUAUGAGUACAGUACAGGUGCUCCUCUACUUAAGAAUGUUCAACUUACAAACUUUCAGAGAUAAACAUCAUC